UACGGAUGAACCGUUCCUUCAUCGAUACGUGCCACCGAAGGUUCCAUUAUUUAACGACACCUUCUUCCCAGUCUAUCCGUUGAUUCUGUACUAUAUUAAAAAUGAGAAUCGGUGAUUACCCUAUUGAAUACGAUCCGGGAAGACAUGGCCCAUAUGAUCCUGCUCGAUAUUACGGAAAACCUGAUACACCCUUCGGUGAACUGAAACUUGCUGAAAUACCCUCAUGGUUGGGACGACGUAAUAAGGGAAUUCGUCCCCUCAUGGCAUUAGGUUCCCGAGCUUUUUGGCGAUGGCAGCAUAAACAUGUGCAGCCUAGGAAAGCAGGUAUAGCUCCACUGUUCCAAGUUGCUGUUGGAUCAUCCAUCAUAUUCUAUGUGUUCAAUUACUUACGUAUUAGGGGUCACAGGAACUACAAGUACCAUUAGGACAUUACUACGUCAUUGAUGAAGAUAUAUUCAGUCAAGAUAGAAUAUUUCAAUAUAUUAGUUAAUCAAUUUAAAAAUUAACAAACUUACUACACUUGUAAAGUAAA